AUUAUUAUUAUUCAAAUUAUUGGAAUUACUAUUGCCCCGUGCAGACCAAGAAACUUGCGAAGGUCAGCGAUCGCCUCUCGUCUCAGUGAGUGUUCCCAAAGAGUGUGUGUUUUUCGAGUGUUGUGUCGUAAUCGCAGUGGGAGGUCUUUUCUUUUGGUGGCCUCUGAUCUCUGGCGAUCGUCUACAAGGGAAUUCUCCAUACGGCAGCUACUCAAGAUUCUAAGGGCAACAAGUUUGGGGAUCCUUCCCUCUCCACCAACCAUGUCCUGCUCCUGGAGGAUGACGGCGCUGUCUGCGGUGCAAUAGCCUAAAGCAGCAAUGUUGGCCGGCGGCUGUAGUGGUGAUAGCACUGAAUACGGACCAACCUUGCGGCGUCUGCCAGGAGCAGCCAACAGCAACAGCAACAGCGACGAGGCAAUCAGACAGCAGCAGCAGAACCGUCUCUCAGUUGGCACAACGCCCAAGCGGCACCAUCGUCCUGGUUCGGGCUCGGGUCCGGGUCCGGGUCCGGGUCCAAUGACAGCCAGCAGCAGCAGCGGAGCAAGCGGAAACGGACACCACGCGGCAAAGGGUUCCAGCGGAGUCGGAGUGGGUGCCAUGACAACGGUAACGGCGGGAGCCGCUUCAGGUAAGGCGACGGUCAGUCAUGGUCAUGGUCAUGUCGGUGGACGUCGCGGUGGAGACGAUAGAGUGGCGGGAGGAGGACGCAACAUUGCUGGUGGUAAUCGCUCCAAUGUGGAUGUGGGCUUUGUGGGCGGCAUUGAAACCUAUCUGGGACUCAUCGGUUGGCGAAAGAAGUGCCUAUACACGCUGCUCCUGCUGCUGAUGCUGCUCAUUAUCACCAAUCUGGUGCUGACCCUUUGGAUACUCAAAGUGAUGGAGUUCUCAACGGAGGGCAUGGGUCAGCUUAAAAUCAUACCUGGCGGCAUACAGCUAUCGGGCCAGGCGAUAAUUAUGGACAUGCUCCGCGCCUCCACAAUCCGUUCGCGGCAUGGACAACCCAUAUCCAUAGAAUCAUCACGUAAUUUUUCAAUCAAUACACGUGACCCGAAUGGUUUGAUUGAGAAUCAUUUAUUCCUGGGACACGACAAGUUCGAAUGCCUCUCGCAGGGAUUUCGCAUCAACGAUACGAAUGGACGGAGCCUGUUCUCGGUGAACCGGAAUGAAGUCACCAUUGGAGCACAUGCCCUGCGGAUCGAUGGCGAAGGCGGUGCCGUCUUUCGGGAAUCCGUGCAGACGCCUCAUGUACGCGCCGAGCCAGGACGAGAGCUCAGACUCGAAUCGCCCACCCGGCAAUUGGAGAUGACGGCGGCCAAGGACAUCAAUUUACAAUCGCGGGCCGGUGGCAUUGAAGUUGUGGCCCUCGAGGAUGUCAAGUUCCGAGCCCUGGACGGAAGCCUGCGUUUGGAGUCGUCCAAGAUCCUAAUGCCCAACCUGCGCACAGCCCAGCCACCCAUAUUGGGCACCGCCCAGAGUCGGGAUCAUAUGCAUCGGGUCUUCCAGCUGUGCGCCUGCUCCAAUGGUAAACUCUUCCUGGCGGCACCGCACUCCAUUUGUGCGGGAGAUGAUUCCACGGUUUGCAGAUGAUUGCAUGGCCUCCAGGACCAUGUCCCGCAGCCAGGCUCGGGACAAGGAUGGGGAAGGAUCUGAGGGAGGAUCGUAAAUGUUGAAUUAUUUAUACGCUAAUUGUAACAUAGAGUAUAUAACUAACACCCACACACACAGAGAUAUGAUUGAUUAUCCAGGAGAUGUAUCCCCAGAAGAACAAAAUCAAGAGCUUCUUAGACACUUGGAUGUUGUGUACUAGUAUCUACAUAUAUACCACAAUAUCACCCAGAGACAUAGGCAUAUCCCUCAUAGGCAUACACACUACAUAUAAUAUAAAUAUAUACUCACGGAGUGAAGGUAGAGAGAGAGAUAAUUGUAUAUAAUCCAUAUACCCAAAUACCCCCCUAACCUUAUCGAACGCUCUCGUGUAGAUAAUAUCGCAAUGGAUCAGCAUGUAUUACCAUAUAUGUAUCUAGUCUAUAACCCCAAUUAAUUAUACAGCAAAAACCAAGUACGAAGACAAUGAAAUAUCAUCCAAUGAAUCGCAAAGAGCUAUAACACUCACACGAAUGCAAUAUGAAUAUCAGUAUGAAUAAUGAAUACAGAAAUAUAUGGAUAAAGGAUACCAGAUACCAGAUACCAGAUACCCGAUACCAGAUAAAGGAUAUAAGAUAAUGGAUACUAUGGAUAUGAAUAUACUAAAUAGAGUUGAACCUGCAAGUUGCCGUUGAAUUUGUCAAGUGCGAGUACACUGAUAUAUAGAUAUAUAUACGAUACAAUAUAUAAUAAUAAUGA